UCUUUUGUGUUCAACAGAAAUAAUGAAUUCAUACAGAUUUGGAAGCACUUGAGGGUGAGUAAUUGAUGACAAUAUUUUCAUUUUUGGGUGAACAAUCCCUUUAAUGCAGGCUGAGUCUUGAUCUCAUCUCUGUUGUGAAUGUCUCCUCACCACCACUAGGGGUCUCUGCGCUCAGAAGAAAUAUGAGAGCAAAAAAAGUUUUUCUGCCUUUCUAUAUGCAAAUAAGGGGAAAGAGUUGGACUAAUACACAAAUAUAGGGGAAGUGAAUAUGAUAUAGGGGUUUUCAGAGUAAUAAACAAAUGAUGUGAUGAUGAAUGAGGGAUGAGAGCAGAUAUAAUGAUCACACUGUUUAAAGCUGCAGACAGAAACAUCAGACUCAGGACAGAAACACACGACCUCUAAAAAAUGGAGCAAACUCUAUAUUUCAUUCUUCUUCUCAUUGCUCUCUGCUCCGUAUCUGAAUGUGUUCAGCGUCAGUAUCACUUUAUAAACGUGAUGAAGAACUGGACUGAAGCUCAGAGAUACUGCAGAGAGAAUUACACAGAUCUGGCCACCGUUGACAACAUGAACGACAUGAACGAGCUGAAGAAGAGUGUGAAAGAUGGUGUUCAGUAUGUCUGGAUUGGACUGCAGAGGACGGGUGUUGAUAAAUGGCAGUGGUCUUCAGGUGAUCCUGUGCUCUAUCUGAACUGGGGAUCUGGACAACCUGAUGGCGGAGAUGAGUGUGUUAUGAUGAGAAAUGGACAAUGGCAUGAUGGGUCAUGCAGUAACAGCCGGACUUUCAUCUGCAGUUCAUCUAACAACAUGAACACAGGACUCGUCUUUGUCCAUCAGAUGAAGAAUUGGAGAGACGCUCAGAGUUACUGCAGACAGAAUCACACUGAUCUGGUCAGUGUGAGGAACCAGAAUGAGAAUCAACAGCUUCAGAAGUUCAUCAAUGAUAGUCUCAUAUCUGGUGAUGUCUGGAUCGGUCUGUUCAGAGACUCAUGGCAGUGGUCAGAUCAGAGUAACUCCUCAUUCAGAUACUGGAUGUCUGGUGAACCUAAUAAUGCUGGAGGAAAUCAAAUCUGUGUAGAGAUUUAUCCGAACGCUCAGGGACAAUGGAAUGACAUCCCUUGCAGCGAACAACAUCCUUUUGUGUGUCAUGAAGAUAAACUGAUUCUGAUCAAAGAGAAUCUGACGUGGCCUGAAGCUCUGAGAUACUGCAGACAGAAUCAUGUGGAUCUGGUCUCGGUUCAUUCAGAAGAGAUUCAGCGUCGUGUGAUGAAUGUGGUUAAACAGGCGUCUACUGAGUUGGUGUGGUUGGGUUUACACAACUACUGCAGCAUGAACAUGUGGCUCUGGUUGAGCGGAGAGAUCGUGUGCUAUCAGAACUGGGCUCCAGGGAACGGAACGACACCGGAAGACUGCCGCCUCGAGAAGAGAAAAGGAGCAGUUCAGUCUGGAGGAGAUCAGCGCUGGAUCAGCCUUCCUGAAACUCACAAACUCAACUUCAUCUGCAGCAGAAAUGAUGAGUGAAAAGACACGUGAAUGUUUGUGUGUGAACUUACAUUCACUGUUUUUAUUCUCCAUUAUUUUUCUUAUUUACUUGUUUGAUUUGUUCUUUAAUAAUUUCUGAGUGAAUCUACUAAUUGUGUUUUAAAAGUGUCUGUUUUAUUUCUGUAUGUUAAUGAUCAUGACAUAAUGUGAUCUUAUCAAAGUUUUCUAACAUUAAUGUUUAAUAUUCUUUAGAUGUCUAAAAUAGUAACACAAUAUAUGUCUGAUUUAAGAAUCUCUUUGUAUAUCUGGUGUGUUUAUGUGUCUGUAUGUUUUCACUAAUAUUAUCUAUAUCAAUAAAACUUUGAGCAGCAGAUGUUAAGAAUAAUAUUAUUUGUGUCUCAGCAGAAUGAAAUCUGGUUUAUUGGAAAGGCAGAAGUGAAGUGAUGUCACAAUGAACUGUCAAUUAAAUCUAACAAAUAUGUAAAAUUUAUAUUUGAUUGUUGAUGUGUUUGGAUGAUAUUUAGGAUAUGUUGUCACUUACAAAAAAUCAAAAUUUCAGCUUCCUGGAAUAAAUUAAAUGUGUGAAUCUUUGGAAAGAAAGAUUUGAUUCAUGA